AUCACCGUCCUUUUAUUUCCAAAACUUAACCAACCCCCCUCAUAGUUAUUUACAUCAACUUCUUGUUUGGCAUUGAUUUUAACACUGGACAGUUAGGUUCAAUGACCAUCAUAGUCAAGGCCACGCAGUAGCAGCAAGAAAUAUUGUUAGAUCACACAACUGCAAUGCCAAUGCAUUAAACCAAUGCAUAGGCAGCCAACAACAAGCAAGCAUCACAACGAUCGAUUCAACCAAAGCAUUGCGCCAAUGCAUAAACACACAACAACAAGCAAGCAUGGCACAAUGCAUAAACGCACAACAACAAACAAGACACACUGGGCAUUGAUGUAAAUGCAUGGUAGUGGAGACCGGGCAACGCAGGCAUAGCAUAACAACAAAGACCAUGCAUGACAGUGAACCAUCGUUCGAUGAUGGCAAAGCGAAGGCAUCAAAGACAAAAUUUAUAACUGUUUCGUGUGACAACAAAAAGGCUUGGGCAUAGAAGGUCUAAGAUCACGUGACAUGCUGCGAGGCUAUAAAAAGGAAAAAUCCUAUUAGAAGUUCUUGCAGUUUGUGAAGUGAACUACAGCGAAGAAGACAGAUUCCCAAAAAUUAAUAAUGGACCAACCUACCCAACCAUUACGUACAAAGGCUUUUUACAAGCAUCAAUACCAGCUUGUGGAAUCCCUUAAACCCUGCUCCGUUGUGCUCACGAGGUUGGAAGAAAAGGAAACGCAUGCACUGCGGAACAAGAACGCAGGGUCCAGUCCUACCCCUAAGCCAUCUAAAAGGGCCAACACCACCAAGCCCAAAAAGAGUAGGCUCCCCAGCCAAAAGAAGAUGCGGCGUGAUGUACCAUCCUCAUCACCGGUAGUAGUCGAGACUAUCGUCAUCUCAUCUGACGAUGAGUUACCAUCCACCCCGCCUCGAAGGCCACCUGUGGUACACGACUACCCGGUCACCCCCCCUCCUACAGUGUCACCCAUGGCAGCCGGAGACACCAUACCCGACUUACCACCGACGCCAGGUCGCACACUUUUUAUGACCAUGGGAUUUCCACCGGCGACCGUACGCAACGUAGGUUUGGAUCUGUCCCCUCGGUAUGCACCGGACUCGGAUUCGGAGACCGAAUGCUACCAACCACAUAUUAAUCGCCGGUUGGAGCAGGUGAGAAGCCCGAAACCCCCGACAGUAUCCAGUGUGGUGGUCGUACCGGUAACCUCGGAAAAAUCGGUUGAGGACAUCCAAUUUGAAUGCCGGGAAAUGCUACCAGAGGAAGUUAGGAGCGAAUUACAGCCGUGUCUACGAGAUGCUCUUCGCCGCUGGAUACCUCACCACCAACACAAGCGGGUUUUUACCAUUGGCGGGAGAAAGCUCCGGGUCCACGUCAAUCGACAAGGGAAAAUUUUUGUGCGGAUGUUGUGAAGGCAGCCGGCUCGUUUAGAGAGGGGAGGCAGUGUGACGACGAAAGUCAUUUCAUUUGUUUUCGUCCCCACUUUGUUGUUGAAUUUUAAAAUUUAUUUGUGUAAAGAAAGAGUUGUUAUUUAAAUAUGAAUUUCCAAAAAAAUCACCGUCCUUUUAUUUCCAAAACUUAACCAACCCCCCUCAUAGUUAUUUACAUCAACUUCUUGUUUGGCAUUGAUUUUAACACUGGACAGUUAGGUUCAAUGACCAUCAUAGUCAAGGCCACGCAGUAGCAGCAAGAAAUAUUGUUAGAUCACACAACUGCAAUGCCAAUGCAUUAAACCAAUGCAUAGACAGCCAACAACAAGCAAGCAUCACAACGAUCGAUUCAACCAAAGCAUUGCGCCAAUGCAUAAACACACAACAACAAGCAAGCAUGGCACAAUGCAUAAACGCACAACAACAAACAAGACACACUGGGCAUUGAUGUUAAUGCAUGGUAGUGGAGACCGGGCAACGCAGGCAUAGCAUAACAACAAAGACCAUGCAUGACAGUGAACCAUCGUUCGAUGAUGGCAAAGCGAAGGCAUCAAAGACAAAAUUUAUAACUGUUUCGUGUGACAACAAAAAGGCUUGGGCAUAGAAGGUCUAAGAUCACGUGACAUGCUGCGAGGCUAUAAAAAGGAAAAAUCCUAUUAGAAGUUCUUGCAGUUUGUGAAGUGAACUACAGCGAAGAAGACAGGUGAGUCAGAGUGGUGAAAAGAUAGGAAAACUGUAAGAGGUGUUCAUAAGCCCUUCGGUAACUCGCGUUCUCGAGCUAGAGUUUAACCCCUUGAGGUGUCGUAAAGCCCUUGGGUUCUUCGGGUUUCUUCGUAUUUCAUCCCCUUGAGGUGUCAUAAAGCCCUUGGGUUCUUCGGGUAUUGACCUCUUGAGGUGUCGUAAAGCCCUUGGGUCUUCGGGUCUAUUCGCUUCUAAACCCUUGAGGUGUCGUAAAAGCCCUUGGGUUCUUCGGGAAUUAAGCCCUUGAGGUGUCGUAAAGCCCUUGGGUCCUUCGGGCUUCGUCGUUAUUAACCCCUUGAGGUGAUAAAGCCCUUGGGUUCUUCGUAUUUCAUCCCCUUGAGGUGUCGUAAAGCCCUUGGGUUCUUCGCUUCUAAACC